UUUCCUUUUUUUUUUUUUUUGUUCCCCCUCCUUUUUCUCUCCCUGUUCUUUGCCAUUAGUUUUGGAAAUUUCUUCAGCAUAAUUCACUUGACAGCAAUUUCAAAAUCAGCUUUUCAUCAUGGCUUUGAAUGUUGCUCCUGUAAGAGAUACAAAAUGGCUAACAUUAGAAGUGUGCAGGCAGUUUCAGAGGGGAACUUGUUCACGCUCUGAUGAAGAAUGCAAAUUUGCACACCCCCCUAAAAGUUGCCAGGUUGAAAAUGGAAGAGUUAUUGCCUGCUUUGAUUCCUUAAAGGGUCGUUGUACAAGGGAGAACUGCAAGUACCUUCAUCCACCAACACAUUUAAAAACUCAACUGGAAAUCAAUGGCAGGAACAACUUAAUCCAACAAAAAACUGCAGCAGCAAUGCUUGCCCAGCAAAUGCAGUUCAUGUUUCCGGGGACACCACUGCAGCCAGUGCCCACAUUUCCAGUGGGUCCCACAAUAGGAACGAAUACAGCUAUUAGCUUUGCUCCUUACCUAACGCCAGUUACACCAGGAGUUGGCUUAGUCCCGACUGAGAUCCUACCCACGCCGCCUGUCAUUGUUCCUGGAAGCCCACCGGUUUCAGUCCCCGGUUCAACUGCUACCCAGAAACUUCUCAGGACUGAUAAACUGGAGGUGUGCAGGGAGUUCCAGCGGGGAAACUGUGCACGUGGAGAGACUGAUUGCCGCUUUGCGCAUCCAGCAGACAGCACAAUGAUUGACACAAACGACAACACCGUAACCGUGUGUAUGGAUUACAUAAAAGGUCGUUGCAUGAGGGAGAAAUGCAAGUAUUUUCACCCUCCUGCACAUUUGCAGGCCAAAAUCAAAGCGGCGCAACACCAAGCCAACCAGGCUGCAGUGGCAGCCCAGGCAGCUGCGGCAGCUGCGACUGUGAUGACUCAGUCGACUGCCAAAGCAAUGAAGCGACCUCUCGAAGCAACUGUAGACCUGGCCUUUCCUCCUGGUGUUCUUCACCCUUUACCAAAGAGACAAGCACUUGAAAAAAGCAAUGGUGCCAGUGCCGUUUUCAAUCCCAGUGUCUUGCACUAUCAACAGGCUCUUGCCAAUGCUCAGUUGCAGCAACAUGCAUUUAUCCCGACAGGGUCAGUUUUGUGCAUGACACCCGCUACCAGUAUUGUACCCAUGAUGCACAACGCUACGGCCGCCACUGUCUCUGCAGCAACAACUCCUGCAACAAGUGUUCCCUUCGCCGCAACAGCCACAGCAAAUCAGAUAAUCCUGAAAUAGCCAGCAGGAGUGGAACAGAGUGUCACGAAGCCUCCCUGCGGACGGCCAAGCACGGCUACUGUACAUACUACCCCGUCUCCUCCUCUCUAGAGUUGCCACAAACUGCAUGCUAAGUCAAGAAUUUGUUCUUAUGGACAAAUCACAAACUCAAAAAAGCUAGUGCUGCUAUGUCAUAUAUGAAUAUUAAAUAUGGUAUGCUUACUAUACUCCAACCUAAAGUAGUUAACUACCUGAUACCAGCUGUGAUGUUUCAAGACAUAAAGGGUAACAUUUAGUUUUAAAGAUUUUUCUAAGCAUAGUUUAAUUCUUGCAAAUACUGUCUUUUCUCCAUAACUAUACCUAAUGGAAAUGGUCCAGUUAAGUUAGUCUCGCGAGAUUCAGUGUUUAUGAAUCUUUCGAGCUCAGCAAUAAUGAAGUUGCAUUGGCUAAAAUCUUAUCCCGGUUGCAGGUUUAAUUUUCACCCAAACUACGAUUGGGGUUUUCCUUCUCGCUUAAAAAACGUCUUGGUUUUGCUCCCCCAGCGAGUCGAUUCCAAGACAGAGGAAGUGAAACGCAGCCCAGUGUCCUGCACAUCACCCCGCCAAUCUGAAUAUCUUUAGCCAGAAGUCCAAAGCAAAGCACAAUUUAGAUGCACAUGGUUGGUGUUUGACUUGUGUGGAGAAGUUGCAUUUGAAUCAUAGCAGAAUAGCAGAAGAAAAUUUAAAAAUUUGCACAGUAUGAACUUCAUACCCCUUUCAAUCCCCGAAAGAACAAAGUCUUGAGAAUAUUAUUUUACGAGUGUAUUUAUAAUGUUUUUAAAAGAGACUUUGCAGAAGUGCCUAAAUUUUGUCACAUCAGACUUGAUGAAAGUGAGCCUGAUGCCAACAGUCAAAUGUCACCAGAAGCGAAUAAUCUGUCAAAACUCAUUGUCAGGUUAACCAAAAAGAUCCGAGCUGUUACGAAGUAACUUGUAGAAGUGUAAAAAUCAAACACACACACACAAAAGACCAAACUAACAAAAGAGAAGGCGAAAAAGAAGGCUGUAGAUGAAGACUGUGUGAUACUCUAAUUUAAUUAAAAUUCAGUUGCGUCACUGAAACUUCAUCAGUGACUUUAAUCUAGACUAUUAACUGAACACUAAGAAUGUAGAAUGAGAUUCAGUUUAAUAAAUCAUUGCUGUAUUUGCAUUUUUUUUAAUUGGAUUAUAAGCUUGUAACCAGAUUAGAGUGGAGAAAAAAAUAGUUCUUUUAAUUGUUUUUCUUUAAAAACAUAUUUUAUGUCACAAAAGUAUGAAGAUAUCUUUAAUACAAUUAUAUACAUGUUAUAUAUACAUACAUACAUAUAUACAUAUAUAUGGAUGAAGCAGAUUUUAAUGUUGUUUACUUUUUUAAAUACUUUGUUGAUUUACAAGGUAAUUAUAUAUGUAUAAUUAAAAUUUCAUUUGUUUGAUUUGAGAUUUGUUUCAAGCACUAUUGUACCAAAUAUUUCAUAUUUCACAUUUUAUAUGUUGCACAUAUAUCUCAUAAAUGACAUAGUUUUUAAAUUAUUGUUUAAAGAAAACAGGACAGCUGUUAUAAGUGGAUAUUAUGUAUAAUUGUUUGCAGCAUAAGUUUUCUAUGUGGACAUUAUUAGUGAUUGCAGUAUUUUAACUUAACCUCUUCAGAUUGAUUGUAAACUAUUUUAAACUUUGGCAGCACUGCCUGUUCGGAACGACUGAAGGCACUAACCAUAUAAUUAUUUGUCGAGGAAAUUCUCUUCCAGGCUAAAUCUUGUUUGUCCGAUGUCUAAUUACUCUCUAUUUAUAGAUGAAGCUGGAGAUUUGAUCAUCCGAAAGAAAAAAUAAAUAAUCACAAUUCGAUUGUAAAAUUAACAUAGUGCUUGUAACGUUGCAUUAGUUUAAUUUGUGGAAAAAUAAUGUAUCUUAACUCGUUACUUUAGCAGUUAAGGUAUCACCAUUAUAUACUAUUAAAACACUAAUAUUUGUAGACUUUCUCAGUCAUUAUAACUAGGUAGUUGACACUGCAACUUGCCUAUAUCUGUCAAAGUUGUUUUUAUUUUUUUAUAAUAGUUAAUUUAGGCAUUUGGGUAGCUUAUUGUAUAAUACUAAAUGGUAAAUUAUCCAUGUUGUUUAAAUAUUUUAUGUAGAUAACUCUCCAGGACAUUGUUUUGUGUGAACUUUUUAUGUUUCAAAAUAACUGUUAUUCUAUGUUUUUUACAAUUAAUCCAAGACUCCUAUUUUUUGCCCAUGGAUGAUGAAGCUUCAGAUACAUCAGGUCUUUCAUCCAGACAAACUGACAGACAAAAAGAGAAAAUGUAUUUUUUAAUAAGAGAUCCACUUUCUGACUUUAUGACUUUGUAAUAUUCCUGAAAACUGUACAAGUACAGACCUAUGCUAACAGUAAGGAGGCAAUUACAGAGAUGUGCAAAUACGUGUACAACAGAUUCUGCAUUUUAUUUAUUUAUAAAGUAAUUUUAUAGACUAUUUCAAAAUUUGGGAAGAUCUAAAACUAUUUUUCUGUAUAAAUAUUAUUUGCCAAAACUUUGUUUAUAUUUUAAGAAAAAAGUCUAAUGAAAAUGAUUAAAUUUUAAAUGCUUUGUUUAAUUAAAAAAAAAGACAAAAAAACAACAAAUAAAACUCCCCUAAAAGAACCAUGAGAUGGGCCAACAUGGAGACCGUGAAUACUGUAGCUGGGACACGGUUUCAAGUGACUGAGAUGUCUCAGUGUUUAUUUUCUUCAGAGGAUGUACAGCACCUCACCAAAAUACCUUUUUGUUUGCCUCUCUCAUCCAGCAUAAUUGACGACACAUACGAUGAAUAUUUCAGUAACAGUUAAAAGAAACCCCUCCAUUCACUCUUUUCCAGCAUAUAACUACUAGUGGUCUGUUAAAUAGCCAUUCUAUUUCUGUUGUGACGUUAAAUUCAUUCACCCAAUGUACAACCACUGAAAUAAAAAGAAGCAUUUUAAAAUGA